CAGCAGAGGGCGGUGGCGCCUCCCUGCUGCUCUCCGAGCUCAUGAAGAAGAAGCACUUCCACUGUUCUGAUUCACUGUCACUACACUUUGUACAGCAGCGAGACAGGCAAUAUGGCAGGCCGACGUGUAGCCCUGAAAGCCAUUGACUGGCUGGCGUUUGCUGAGAGGGUUCCUCCCAACCAGAAGGCCAUGUUCAACUCACUGAAGACUCGCAGUGAUGCCAUCGCUGCCAAGUUUGUUUCCCUGCCCGAGGCUCCUGCAGCCAUAGACUGGAGUUACUACAGGAGCACAGUGGCCAGAGCCGGGAUGGUCGAUGAGUUUGAGAAGAAGUUCAAAGCCGUGCAGAUCCCUGAGCCUGUGGACACACAGACAGCUGCCAUCAAUGCACUGGAGGCUGAAUCUAAUAAAAAUGCAACAGCCUACGUUGAAGAAUCUAAGGCCCGCAUCGCUCAGUAUGAGAAGGAGCUGGACAAGUUUAAAAACAUGAUCCCCUUCGACCAGAUGACCAUCGAGGACCUCAACGACACCUUCCCCGAGACCAAGUUGGACACGGUCAAAUACCCCCUCUGGCCCUACAAGCCCAUUGCAGACUUGUAAACCUAUUACUGGACAGUCACCUCACAAUAAAGUUUAUGUAUUUUAAAGGAA